AUGCCAGCACCUCUGAAAGAUGCAGCCAAACUUCUGAAGAGCACACUGCAUCUUCCCUCCUCGACGUUUCCGCCGCGACCGAGGCCCUCCGACCUUGCCAAAUAUCUUCCGAGAUGUACAGAUGACCUUUAUUCCUGGCAGCGCCAGGAACGGCCUGCCUCAGACACCUUUAUCCUCCACGAUGGGCCGCCCUAUGCGAAUGGAGACCUCCAUGUCGGACAUGCUCUCAACAAGAUCAUCAAGGAUAUUAUCUGUCGCUCCAGGCUAGCUGAAGGCCGAAGGGUGGACUAUGUACCCGGCUGGGACUGCCAUGGCCUACCAAUUGAGCUCAAAGCUUUGGAAAUGCACGGCUGGGAGCGGGGACAAGGUGUUGAUCCCGUCUCGAUACGAAAUGCCGCAAGAAAGUUUGCAUACAAGACUGUGGAAAAGCAGAUGGCCGGUUUCCGAUCCUGGGCUGUGAUGGGCGACUGGGCCAAUCAUUGGAAGACAAUGCAAAAAGAUUUUGAGCUGCGACAGUUGAUUGUGUUCCAAGCCAUGGCUCAGUAUGGGUUGAUAUUCCGCAAACAUAAACCUGUCUAUUGGUCUCCCUCCUCCGGGACUGCUCUCGCGGAGGCCGAGUUGGAAUAUCGCGAUGACCAUGUCUCUACUGCAGCCUUGGUCAAGUUCCGCUUGGACAACAUUGAACCCUUCACUGAUGGUCCUGUUCAUGCGUUGAUUUGGACCACUACGCCUUGGACUCUUCCAGCAAACCAAGCAAUCGCAGUCAACACAUCCUUAUCGUACUGCCUGGUCAAGUCGGACACUCAUGGCACGCUGCUCGUGGCCCAGUCGAGGUUGAUGUACCUUCAAGAGUGCAUUGGCGAGAGCGUGGAAGUCGUCAUGGCGAACUUCCCUCUGGAUCUGCUCUUGCAGAGCACCUACUCUGGCCUGCAGCAAUUUGGGAGAGAAGCAGCAAACCGGCCUAUCGUCCACGCAGACUUUGUUUCGGCAGAUAGUGGUACGGGUCUUGUGCACUGCGCUCCAGGCCAUGGUAUGGAGGAUUACGACGCUUUACAGCCCUUGAUCAAAGCCUCUGUUGUGUCCGUCAAAGCUCCUGUCGACAAUCUUGGGCGCUUUGAUGAUACAGCGUCACCCGAAGAUCCUAGUCUCCUCGCUGGACGAGACGUGUUCAAAAAAGGCAACGACACCAUUCUCCAACUUCUGCGAGCCAACGAUCUUCUUGUCCACCAGCAUAGUUACAUGCAUAAAUAUCCCAUCGACUGGCGGACCAAAGAGCCAGUCAUCAUCCGUGCGACCGCCCAAUGGUUCGCGGACGUUUCCAAGAUCAGAAACGACGCCCUCAACUCUCUCGACGCUGUGACAUUUCUUCCAGAGACAGGCAAAGCACGGCUGCGGAGCUUUGUUGAGAACCGGAGUGAGUGGUGCAUCUCCAGGCAGAGGGCUUGGGGCGUUCCGAUUCCGGCUAUUUACCGCAAGAACACGGGUGAAGCAAUCCUCACAACCCACAGUAUCGAACACAUCAUCAAGACCAUCAACGAGCGCGGGAUUGAUGCUUGGUGGUCUAAUGCUCAAGAUGACAGCGGUUGGAUUGUUCCAGGAUUGCCAGGGAGCGCUUCAGACUACGUUCGAGGCACUGACACGAUGGAUGUUUGGUUUGACAGUGGAACAAGCUGGACCUUGAUGCUCAAGGAAGAUCUUGCGUCUGGCGGCUCUCGGUCACAACCAACGCCAGUGGCGGAUGUCUAUGUCGAAGGCACUGAUCAGCAUAGAGGGUGGUUUCAGUCAAGCUUGCUCACGAACAUUGCGUAUCAGAAAUCUCUCCAAUCAACCUCUGAUUCCGGGUCUCUUUCAUCACAUCGGGUACACGCUCCAUUCCGCAUUUUAGCAACCCAUGGCUUCACUUUGGACGCCCAAGGCAAGAAGAUGAGCAAAUCGCUAGGCAACGUGAUUGCCCCCAACCAAAUCAUGUCGGGGUUCGGGGCUCCUGUGAAACAAACAAAGCACAAGCGCGAAGUUCAUCCGCUUGGGCCAGACGCCCUGAGGUUGUGGGUUGCGUCCAGUGAGUGGACAAAGGAUGUGGUGAUCAGCGAAAAAGCAGUGUCGUCGGUCCACAAUAUGCUCGACAAGUACCGCCUGACCUUGAAGAUGCUGCUAGGCAUGCUAGCGGAUUUCGAUCCUCAGAUGGCUGUCCCGUACGAGCGCAUGUCUCGGUUGGAUCAAAUUGCAAUGCACCACCUUCAUCUGACCUAUACGUCGGUGCGCAAAGCCUACGCAGACAUGGAAUUCCACAAAGCCUCGGGCUCUAUAUACCGAUGGGUGGCGACUGAUCUCUCGAGCUUCUACUUUGAGGCCAUCAAGGAUGUGCUGUACUGCGAUACGCCUCUGACUUCUAGGCGCUUGAGUGCGCAGACUGCACUCCAUCACAUUCUAUGUCAACUCCAGCACAUGCUUGGGCCAAUUACACCGUUGCUGGUCGAAGAAAGCUGGGAUCAUAGCCCAGAAAGAUACAAGAAGACGGUCGAGCACCCGUUGAGACGAAUAUGGUCACAUCUGCCAAAGGAGUGGCACGACCAGUCAUUCGAGACUUUGUUGCCCUAUAUCACGUCUAUCAACUCGAGCGUCAAGGCGGCACAAGAGACAGCGCGCACGCAGAAACUCAUGGGUCAGUCGCUCGCGUCGGAUGUUUCGAUAUAUUUGCAGAAGAGGAUUGACCUUUCAAGCAUCCCGAAAGAUACUUGGAAGGAACUCCUGGUUGUGUCAUCUGUGGAGAUUAUCCCGACAGAAGCGGGCGAAACAACUCAGCCAGAUCCGAACACAGAACCUCGCCCGGACUGGUCAUUCUCAAGUGAUGUUGUCUCGCCUGAAGGUGAGCAAAUAGGGACGGUGAUUGUCAAGAGUCCUCAUGGUUUCAAAUGCGACCGCUGCUGGAGAUAUGUGGUUGAACCGCAGGAACAGAAGACGAAGCCGGAAAUACACGAGGCUCUCAUACUUUGUGACCGGUGUACCGAUGCCGUUACAACAUCCCAGACAUGA